AGUCGAUGCAGAGCUACAUCUACGUCGAAGCUGUCCAUCCAUUUCCGCGCUUUGCAGAUUGUUGCUGUUUGUGCUGACUGUAAUACUCUGGGUGUGGGUGUGUGUAAUAGCGGUGUGUGUUGCGCGACCGAGUUCCAAAGGAAAUGCCUCAAGGGUAUCAAUAGCCGCUACUGAGUCUCGGCAGGUGAAAGCCGAUCAGACGCCUAGAUUCUGCUUUUCUCGCUCCACAAAAAGGUUCCGAAAUGGUUCGGGCGCAACUGCUACGGGCCUUAAUCAUGGGCCCUCCCGGCUCUGGAAAAGGCACCGUGUCCUCCCGCAUCGUCAAGCACUUCGCUCUGAAACAUCUCUCCAGCGGUGAUAUUUUGCGGGACAAUAUGAACAAGAGAACUGAAAUCGGCAUCCUUGCUAAGUCGUAUAUUGAUCAAGGGCGACUGAUUCCCGAUGACAUUAUGACGCAGCUGAUGCUAAAUGAGCUGAAAACGCUAGAGCAGAAUCACGUGUUGCUGGAUGGUUUCCCCAGGACAGUUCCACAGGCUGAAGACCUGGAUAAAGCAUGUCCAAUAGACACUGUGAUUGACUUGGAUGUGCCUUUUGAGACUAUCAGACAACGCUUGACUGCACGCUGGAUUCAUCCUGCUAGUGGCAGGGUCUACAACCUUGAAUUCAAUCCUCCCAAGGUCCCUGGCCGUGAUGAUAUUACUGGAGACCCUCUUGUUCAAAGAGAUGAUGACAAACCAGAAACUGUUAUGAAGAGGCUGAAAUCUUAUGAAAUGGAAACCAAACCUGUCCUGGAGUAUUACCGCCGGAAGGGAGUGUUGGAAUCUUUCUCUGGAACAGAGACCAACAAAAUCUGGCCCCACAUUCACACUUUCCUUCAAACCAAGCUGCCCGACAUGAGCCAGAAGGAAGCUUCUACUCACAGCUAAAGGAGGAUCUGUUGCUGUAUUGAGAAGGUAGAAGCUAUUGGCUAUGGCUAAGCUUCUAGAAAUAUAUUUUCUAAACAGUAGUGAAAUCAUGGAGACGUUGGUGGGCUGGGUUUUUUAUAAAUUAAGUGUGCUAUAAUGAUUAAUAGCUGACUUAAAAUCUCUGAAAUGGCCACACUUCAACUCUGUGCCCUAAUCUACGUAGUAUUUUCUGUUGUGUGGUAGGGUGAUUUUAAAAGUGCUAAUUUUGUAUUAGAUGGACCUGAAUUUUAUAAAAAACAAUUUAAUAUUAAACUGAUUUUUAACAAAA